AUGUCUCAGUACGCUCCCAGCUCGGACUUCAAGAGGGCUUUGGACAGCAGUCCCGAGGCCAACACAGAGGAUGACAAGACCGAGGAGGACGUGCCCAUGCCCAAGAACUACCUGUGGCUCGCCAUCGUCUCGUGUUUUUGCCCCGCGUACCCCAUCAACAUCGUGGCUUUAGUCUUCUCCAUCAUGUCUCUGAACAGCUACAAUGAUGGAGACAUCGAAGGAUCCAAGCGGCUUGGGAGGAAUGCCAAGUGGGUGGCCUUCGCCUCCAUCAUUAUUGGCCUUCUCAUCAUUGCUAUUUCUUGUGCAGUUCACUUCGCACGAAAGUAA